AUGCUCCCAAGAACCUGUCGCGCAGCCCACAAGAACAUCCAAAGAGUACCAUCUGUAUUGUCUAGAGGUGCACACAAGGAUAUCAAAUUCGGUGUAGAUGCACGUGCUUCUAUGCUCAGUGGUAUUGAAUUACUCACUAAAGCCGUUUCAUCCACCCUCGGUCCAAAAGGACGCAACGUUAUCAUUGAACAAGCAUUCGGCGGUCCAAAGAUUACCAAGGAUGGUGUUACCGUCGCUAAGUCCAUCACUUUGAAGGACAAGUUUGAAAACCUCGGCGCUCGUCUCGUACAAGACGUCGCAUCAAAGACCAACGAAAUCGCUGGUGACGGUACUACAACUGCAACCGUUCUCGCAAAGGCUAUCUACGCUGAAGGUGUUAAGAACGUCGCCGCUGGUUGCAACCCAAUGGACCUUCGUAGAGGUGUACAAAAGGCAGUCGAAGAAGUUAUCAAAGUACUCGAAGCUAACAAGAAGGUCGUCACCACUUCAGAGGAAAUCGCUCAAGUCGCUACCAUCUCAGCUAACGGUGACGUACACGUUGGUCAGUUGAUCGCCAACGCCAUGGAAAAAGUCGGCAAAGAAGGUGUCAUCACCGUCAAAGAAGGUAAGACUAUCGAUGAUGAGGUUGAAAUCACCGAGGGUAUGAGAUUUGACCGCGGUUUCAUCUCCCCAUACUUCAUCACAGACGUAAAGUCUCAAAAGGCUGAAUUCGAGAAGCCAUUCAUCCUUCUCUCAGAGAAGAAGAUCUCUGCACUCGCAGAUAUCAUGCCAGCACUCGAAAUUGCUGCAACCUCUCGUCGUCCUCUCAUCAUCGUCGCUGAGGACAUCGACGGUGAAGCUCUCGCCGCUUGUAUCCUCAACAAGCUUCGUGGUCAACUCCAAGUUUGCGCUAUCAAGGCACCAGGUUUCGGUGACAACAGAAAGAGCAUCCUCGGUGAUCUCGCUAUCCUCACUGGUGGUACCGUCUUCACAGAGGAACUCGACGUCAAGCUUGAAAAGGCUACCGUAGACAUGCUCGGUCAAUGUGGCAGCACCUCUAUCACUAAGGAAGACACUCUCAUCCUCAACGGUGAAGGUGAAGGUGAACUCGUCGCAAACCGUUGCGAACAAAUCAGAGCUCUCAUCAAUGACCCAACCACUUCCGACUACGACAGAUCAAAGUUACAAGAACGUCUCGCAAAGUUGAGCGGUGGUGUCGCCGUUAUCCGUGUCGGUGGUGCUUCUGAAGUUGAAGUCGGUGAAAAGAAGGACAGAUACGAUGACGCUCUCAACGCCACGCGUGCUGCCGUCGCUGAAGGUGUUAUCCCAGGUGGUGGUGUAGGUCUCCUCAGAGCUAGUGAUGCUCUUACCGUUGAUGCUACCAACUUCGACCAAGGCUUGGGUAUCUCAAUGGUCAAGAACGCCCUUGCUCGUCCAAUGCGUACUAUCGUUGAAAACGCUGGUGGUGAAGGUGCCUUGGUCGUUGGUCAAGUACUUGAGAAGCACCCACAAGAUUUCAACAUGGGUUACGAUGCCAGCAAAGAUGAAUUCUGCAACAUGUUUGACAAGGGUAUCUUGGAUCCAGUCAAGGUUACCAAGCAAGCAUUAAUUGAUGCCUCCGGUGUCGCUUCACUUCUCUUCACCUCAGAGACUGCUGUUGUAGACGCACCAGAAGAAAAGGCAAGUGCACCAGCCAUGCCAGGUAUGGGCGGCAUGGGCGGUGGAAUGGGAGGUGAGUAG